CGUGUUCAACCUUCUCUACUUUUCUUUCCUAUUUCGCUCGCUCCUUCUUCGCGUUUAUUCCCGCUCUUCUCGCCUCGUUACUAUCGAUUUUCGCUCAGAGUGCGUGCUCCGCUAUAAGCUGCUUCGCGGAACUUUAGAAACUUUCGCAUUCUCUCUCGUGCCAUCUCUCUUCUGCGUCGGGCGAACCCUCCCCCCCGCGUGUAUUUAAUCAGUUUGCAUACUUUCCUUCUGUUUCCCGCCGACUCUAAACGCGCUGAGCUGAUAAUCGGCCGGAUAAUAAUGCGAACUGCGAUUAUGCAUAGGCCCAAGAGGCCUCAAGAAUUACCAACGACAUAAGUCUGAAUCCUUUAAAUUUCAUCACAUCUCAUCAAAAACAAUAUACUUGCAUCGACGGUGCGUCGGUGUGGCGGAAAAAACAACGACGACAACAAUAACGAGGACGACGUAGACGUCACGUCGCACGCGCGACACCCGACGAUAUAUCGCGGGGGCGACGCUUUAAUCGCUCAGAAAGAAAGAAAAUCAUGCGUCUCCUGACAGCGGCCAGCGCCGAUAUCAUUCCCGCACGCAGCAUCACCGAGGAUGUAUCGUUGGACAGCGAUGUUGGCUCGCGCGGAUCCGAGAAGUGCGGCGGCAGCAGCAGCAGCAGCAACAACAACAGCAACGGCAACAGCAACGGAUGCAAUAGCGGAAUCCGCGACGGCGUCGGCUACGCCAGCGGCCACGACCGCGGCCAACGGUACAACGAUAGCAACAGCAACGAUAACGGCUACGCUAGUGACGAUUUCUGGGAAUGUACGUCUUCUAUCCGGCGGACGAGCUCCUGCGUAUCUAUGAAAAUCCGAUUCGGGAGUCCGUGUCAUUGACUGUCAACGACGCAGCGGUGAACGGCGAUUACGUGGAGAUAAAUCAGCAACAUUAUCAGCAGCGAAUCGUUGUCACGAACGACGUCCGCAAGCGCAAGGAGAAAAAACGAGAUACUAGUCAGACGGCGGGAAGCAGGAGGCAAAUCGUGCGUAACGGCGACGGCGACGCCGGUAAGAAAGAAGGACGACGAAACGAGGAGCAACACGCCAGGACUAUGCAAAGUAAUCGUGCCUCCGGCUCCGAAGAAGCCGCCAACCAUCCCCUCAAGGACCUCACGCAGCCGAGUCUCAACGAGCCGCUCAAGCAGCAUAAUGGCGUCGCGCUCAAGCUCGUCCAGACAGAGCAAAGUUACUCUCUAAAUACAUCCAAUGAUUUUGCUAAAACAUCUAAAAACGUAGCUGAAUACACAGAGAUCUGA